AUGCCUCUGCCGCCAGCGCUGCUGCUGCUGCUGCUGCUGACCCCGGAGCCCGCGGGGGCCACGCUGACCCGGAUCCCUCUUCGCCGGGUCUACACUGGAAGUAGGACCCUGAACCCGCUGAGGGGAUGGGCGAACCCAGAAGAGCCCCUCAGGCUGGCGGCCCCAUCCCCUGGGGGCAAGCCCGCUUUUGUGCCUCUCUCGGAUUACAUGAAGGUCCAGUAUUAUGGGAAAAUUGGGCUGGGGACGCCCCCACAAAACUUCUCUGUUGUCUUUGACACUGGCUCCUCCAAUCUCUGGGUCCCAUCCAGGAGAUGCAGCUUCUUCAGCCUGCCCUGCUGGUUCCACCACCGAUUCAACCCCAAAGCCUCCAGCUCCUUUAAGUCCAAUGGAACCAAGUUUGCCAUUCAAUACGGAACUGGGCGGCUAAAAGGCAUCCUGAGUGAGGACAAGCUGGCGAUUGGGGGGAUCACGAAUGCAACAGUGAUUUUCGGGGAGGCUCUGUGGGAGCCCAGCCUAGUGUUCCUUUUUGGCCACUUUGAUGGGAUACUGGGUCUUGGUUUUCCCAUUCUGGCCGUGGGAGGAGUUCAGCCGCCACUGGAUACACUGGUGGACCAAGGUCUACUGGAUAAGCCUGUCUUCUCUUUCUACCUCAACAGGGACCCUAAAGAGGUCGAUGGAGGAGAGCUGGUUCUGGGUGGCUCAGACCCAGCACACUACAUCCCACCUCUCACCUACAUGCCAGUCACGGUCCCUGCCUAUUGGCAGAUCCACAUGGAGCGUGUGAAGGUGGGCACAGGGCUGACUCUUUGUGCCCAGGGCUGUGCUGCCAUUCUGGACACAGGCACAUCUCUCAUCACGGGACCCUCUGAGGAGAUCCGGGCCCUGCAUACAGCUGUCGGAGGGGGAUUCUCCCUGUUGGGAAUAUACAUCGUCGAGUGCUCGAUCAUCUCAACGCUGCCUCCAGUCUCCUUCAACCUUGGGGGCGCCUGGUUUAACCUCACCUCCGAGGACUACGUCAUCCAGAUCGCUCGGGGUGGCUCCCGCCUCUGCUUCCUUGGCUUCCAGGCCCUGGACGUGCCUCCGCCGGCAGGGCCCCUCUGGAUCCUCGGCGACGUCUUCUUGCGCAGCUACGUGGCGGUCUUCGACCGUGGGAACCUGAAAGAAGGCGCCCGGGUGGGGCUGGCGCGCGCUCGCCCGCCUGGCGCGGGACCGCCGGGCGGUGGGUCCACGCAGGCGCAGUUCUCCGGCGGACGCCCGGGUUAG